AUGAACAUCGCUAGCGACGAAGUGGAUGCGGAGGCUGGUGAGGAUGAUGGUGCAGACGCUCUUCCUUUCGCUCUUGUGUUGGAUGAUGGCAUGCCACGGCUGAAGCGGCAGCGUUGCGAGCCUUCUGCGAGUUCUGGUAGUUUUGUGCCAGAGUCAGACGAGUCAGAUGCCUUGGCCGCAGCAGCUUCGGCGUUCCAGGCAGCGAGGUCAGCGGUGCCAUUGGUCCGCAAAGGCCCCAGGUCCGUUCAAGAAGCCUUCAGGUGGCCAGAGACAAAGCUUGAUCAAGUGUGCAAAGAUCCAAAUCGCGAGCAUCGCUUGAGGUCGUUGCUUGAACAUGGUGUGUUGGCUUCCUCAGACUUCAGCGGCAUGGGUGGCGAUCGAGAGAUCAUGCGCCAGCUGGGCUUGGUGAUGCAAGCCCGUCAGUGGCCCCUGGACGCCGCCGCUCGCUUCAGGCAUGUGCGUGCUUGUGACAUUGGGAGAUUGCAGCGAACCGUGUUGUCCUACAUGUCAAUGAACCAUGAUGACUUUGGAAGCUGCGUGACUGGUGACUUGAUGGAACGCUUGCCAAGCACGUUCCUUGAAACCAUAAGUGAUAUGCAGCCUUCAGAGGGAGACGAUGUGGACACCUGCGUGCGCAAGAACUCGUUGAUUGACUCUUUCAUCAAAGAAAACCGUGCAGAGAUAUUUGCUGGCAGCGCGUCUUAUUGCUAUGUGCAUGACAACAUGUGCUUGACUGAUCGUGGCUUGCACUUGCAGGACGAGCAAAGCCAAGUGCCCUUACGUGUGAACCUUGCUGGCACCACCUGUGUCGGCUGGUCAGCAGUUGGCUCCAGGAAAGGGUUUGGGCACACGUCGGAAGUCGCGCACAGUGUGUGGCUGAAUGAGAGGCUGCACAACGCCGAGGCUUUGAAGGAGGAUAUGUUCAUACAUGAAUGCACCAUGCUGUAUCCAGCCCAAGAAAAGCUUGCCGAUCCUUUGUCGGAGACGCAUGUAGUGCUCAGCAUCAAGACAGGACCCCAGUCCCAGGGCUUCCCAUCGUCUCGCAACCGAACUUUGUCUGCAGGCCUCUCCAAAGCCACGACAAUCUGGAUGGGCCCUACAGCUCCAGACCUGUUGCAGCGAGACUUCGACAGCAUCUUUGCUACAACUAUGGAGCUUUCCGGAAAUAUCUUUUUUCUGGAGGACGAUGAAACUCAAAGACGGUGCAACAUAGACAAGGCUGUGUGUCAGCGAGGUAGAAACCGUCUUGUGUUGCAAUCCCUCAACCGUUGGGACCUGCUCCAGAGUUGCUUAGCCCCUGGUGCAGCAACCCGGCUUCGGGAGUAUGAUGAGAAGCGUGCAAACCGUGUUGAUCCUGAAGGAGCUUUCCUCGCAGACGUGGAGCACUGGCCGGGGCAGUGCUUGGGUUCGGGAGGGCCCCUGUUUCCUUGCCAGUUGAAGCAUGGAACUGUUGUGAGUUGGCAGCAUCAGCGUGCGGCGACUGGUAUGGAGCAUCUUGCUGCGCAGGGAUACCAUGUCUUCGACGUCGUGGGGCCAAAGACCCCACUUUACAGCCUUCUUUCCACACUUGAUGAUUGCAAGCUGAAGCAAUUGAGCGGCAAUGGCUGGUCGCUACCUGCCGUGUGUGCUUGGAUGCUCUAUGUGUGGAGCAACACAUGCAAGCGCCCUCCAAGUUCCUUGCUCCGUUUCCUUGCAUGCUCGCGAAUCAGGUCGGGAUCAGAUGAUGAUGAUGUUGAUGAUGGACAGAUCGGUGUAGGUUGUUCCCAGCCGGAGCCGGAUGCGGAAGCAUGCGGUCUGGAUGCUGCAAACGAAGUGCCGGAGCAGGUGAAUAGUUCAGAUUCAGAUGCUGAUGUUCAUGCAAGCUUGGUGACCAGUUUGGUGUACCAGGAAGAAGAUGAUUUCGCCCCGCAGACGUGA